AUGGAAAUGGGAUUAGGCAGCACACUUUUACCUGGUGACCCACGUUUGAUUGAUCACAUCGUCGGUGAGGUUAAAUCUCAAGGAAUAUUUGAUCAAUUUCGUAAAGAUGCUCUCGCUGACGUCGAUACCAAGAAUCAAUUGCGUGAAACACUGCGUAAACAUAUAUCAGACGCAGCAUACUUAGACGCUGGUGUUGAACGUAUUGUUGACCAAGUAGUUAAUCCAAAAAUAUACUCUGUUUUUUUACCACAAGUAGAAGACGUCGUUUAUAAGUAUUUAGGUUUAGAGAAACCUAAGCGUGAAAAGAAUGGUGGAACUUCAAUAAAAGAUCUAUUACCAAUUGAUUUAGACCCAGUAUCACCUGAGUCUGAUAAAAAUAGUUUAAAAGAUGUGUCUCUUGACUCAAUAGAUGAUCUAGAACUUUCCAAUAAUGAUAAAGAUAAUAAUGAUCAAGUUGAUAAUGGUGAAAGUUUCCAUGUUACCGAUUAUGAAAAAAGCAUUGAAGAAAAAGAAGAAAAAGAUUGUAAGGAAGUGGAAAAUGAAGUUAACGGAACUGAUUUAAUUCAGAGUAUGGAAGAAGAAAAACCGACUUGUUCAACACCUCCAUUAGUAGAUAUUGGUUUAAAUGACUCGAUAAAGUCUGAUGAAAAAACCGAAGAAGAGGAAGAAGACAGUCCUGUUUUUGAACCUAUUGAUGUAAUUAAUUUCCAUGAAUCAAAUGUUUCUAAUGACUCACAUUUGUCUGGAAUAUCUGAGCUAACAAGUCAUCGGUCACGCAGUCCAGAUUUUCAGAUAAAUGAAUUUUCUCGCGAUCAUUUUGAUUUUAGUAAUCAAGAUUCUCAAUUUUCAAAAGUAUCUUCGGACUCUCGGUUGUCUAUUGUUACUGAUUUUGGAUCUUCUAAUCAAGCAUCGACUCCUGUACCGGAUCCUCCUAAAGAAGAAAAGUCAGUAGACAAAAAUUAUGAUGAUAAAAGUAAAGAUAAAGUUAUUGAAUCUAAAGAUUCAAAUAAAAAUUCAAAAAGUAGUUCGUCAAAAGAACGAGAAAAAAAUGAUUACAAAUUUAAAUCUUCUAAAGAACGUUCUGAUUCACGGGACUCACGUAGUCAUCGUGAUCGUGAUUAUAAAAAAAAAUCUACUGAUUCUAAGAGUGAUAAGGAUAAAAGUAGAAGCAGUCGAGACUCUAGUGAUAAAUCCAAAGAAAAAGAUAAAGAUUCUAAGGAUAAAAUUAAAGAUGAAAAAACAAAUUCUUCGGGAAAAGAAUCAAAAGAUUUGAAAGAUAUUUAUAAAGAAAAAAUACGGGAAUUAAGGGAAAAAAAAGAGUUGACGGAAAAGGAAAAAUUGAAUAAAGAUAAAGAUGGUCAUAGGUCGAGAGAUUCUAAGGAUAAAAAAGACUCUAAAGAUUCAAGCAAAGAUUCUAAAGAUCGGAGGGAUUCUAAAGAACAUCGCAGCUCAAGUUCUUCUUCUAGAAGUCAUCGGCAUGAGUCUAGUAGCAGGAGCAAGAGAGACGAUUCUAAGUCUAGUCAUGAUAAAAAAAAGGAUGACAGACAUUCUAGGGAUAAGAGUCGUAGUCAGGGUGAGUCUGAUGGAAAACGGAGUUCAAAGGAUGAUAAAGAUAAAGAUUCUAAGUCACAAAAACGCAAAGAAUCUAGAUCCGAUGACUCACGAAAGAGCUCUGAUAAAAGUUCUGCAGAGAAAGAAAAGGAUAAAGAUAAGAAGCGCCGUGAGGAAAAAAAAUCCAAGUCUAAAGAUGAUCAUUCGAGUCUUCAUAAAAGCUCUAAUGAUCGUAGAUCAUCUGAUCGAGACGGAUCAAGUGGGUCUAAUAGUAAAAGCAGCAAAAAUUCCUGUCCUGGGUCAUCAACUUCUUCAAAGCCUAAUUCAGGUCUUAAAGAAACGGGUAAUACAAGUAAUUCUAGUAGUGAAACUUCUGAUGGUGUUGAUGAAGCUCAGAUGGAAGAGUGUCAUAAUGUUGAUGCUGUUCAAGAAGAUGUAAAGGUUGAUCGAGAUAAUGGAUCGGGGGUCAAUGCUAAGCGAGUUGAUUUAGGUCAAAGUGAAAUAAGUCUUCCAUUAAAAAAGCGCCCGUUGCAUACUGAAGGUACUGAUAGUUUAGUAGGUGAAAUUAAAAAGCCAAAGCUUGAAAAUUUUAGAGAAAUUGCGAAUAAUAAUGAGCAAGUUGUUAAAAUAGUUCCUGAGAAUGAAAGAGUUCAGAUAAUUGAAGUUUAUGAACCUCAGGAUGAUGAUGAUGAUGAAAAUGAACCUUAUCCGGAUGAUGCGGAUAUUAAUUUAAAGUUAGAACAGUCCUCGGGUGUUAUUAUGGAGGGAGAGAAUAUUUUUAAAAUAAAUAUUGAUAAUUGUAAAUCUAAUUUGUCGGAGAUGGAAAUGUCGAUUAGAGAGUCGUUGAAUGAAAUGAUUGUAGAUAAAAUUAUGGAUACUGAUAGAUAUGAAAAUAAAGAAGCUGAUGGUACGUUGGAAAGUCAUAUAGUUGAGGUAAAUGAUUGCAAUAUUGAGGAGAAAAAAAUUAGUGAUUCUGAGGAUGAAGAUUGCUUGUAUUUUGAACCUGAUGAAGAAAGCGAAAGAUUGAUUAGGUUUAGGCAGUUUCUCAAGUCACAGAAUAUUAGUUACUAUGGUGAGGAUGAUAAUUAUGUUAAUAAUGAUGAAGAUAAUAAUGAUGAUGAUGAUGAUGUUGAUGAUCAUGAUGAAAAAAUUGAACAAUUGGUGCCAAAUGAAGAAAAUCAGGAAUCUACGCUAGCUACUAUGGCACCUCCUCAAUUAAAACGUAAGCAUUCUACUAGUCCGCUGUCGGAUAUUGUAUUAAAUUUGGAUAAUAAUAAUGAUGGUCACAAAGAUAUGGAUUCUGUUGUUGGUGAUCUAGAGAAAGAUAAAAAGAGUGAGAAGGAUAAAGAAACUGGGCUAGGAAAGAAAAAAUUAGGAAGGCCCAAAAGACAGAGACCUAGUGUCAGCUCUUCAAGUCCUAAUGAUGAUUUUAUAAUGCCUUUGAGUCCAGAAAGCGAUCCACGACCACUAUUUGUUGGCUCGUCACGAAGAAAUAGAAGAUCAAAUCCAGCAUAG